GAAUGUGGCUGCAUCCUGGCUUUAAACAAGCCCCCUGCUAUUCCACAGCAUCUCCAUCUUUGAUCCUCCAUCCCUCCUCAUCUUUCCGUGACUCAUCAGCACCUCCCCCCGCACCCCCUGCAUGUGUUGUAGUACUCACCCUCCUCCCAUUUCCCAUUUCCCUCUGUUGCUCCUUCUUCUUCCUCCUCCUCCUUUCAUUCCCUCACAUCCUCUUGCUUUCUCCACCGCACUACACACAGGCUGCAGGAUGUCCAUAAUGAAUAUUGUUGCCAGGGAGAUCCUAGACUCCAGGGGUAACCCAACAGUGGAAGUGGAUCUUCAUACCAAUAAAGGUUUGUUCCGGGCAGCCGUGCCGAGCGGCGCCUCUACUGGCAUUUAUGAAGCUCUGGAACUGCGGGAUGGAGACAAAACUCGUUACAAGGGCAAAGGUGUGACCAAAGCAGUUGGUCACAUUAAUGACAGCAUUGCUCCUGCCCUCAUCCAGUCAGGCAUCAGUGUGCUGGAGCAGGACAAGCUGGACAACAUGAUGAUUGAAAUGGACGGCACCGACAACAAAUCUAAGUUUGGGGCCAACGCUAUUCUUGGAGUGUCACUGGCCAUCUGCAAAGCAGGAGCUGCGGAGAAGGGCGUGCCUCUCUACCGUCAUAUUGCAGAUCUGGCGGGGAACAGAGAUCUAGUGCUUCCGGUUCCUGCUUUUAAUGUGAUCAACGGGGGCUCCCACGCUGGAAACAGACUGGCCAUGCAGGAGUUCAUGGUGCUUCCUGUGGGGGCGGAAUCAUUCCGGGAGGCCCUACGCAUCGGGGCGGAGCUCUACCAGACCCUGAGGAGUGUCAUCAAGGAGAAGUAUGGUCAAGAUGCUACCAAUGUGGGGGACGAGGGCGGGUUUGCCCCGAACAUUCAGGAGAACAGUGAAGUUGUUUCCAUUGAAGACCCCUUUGACCAGGACGACUGGCCUGCUUGGACUCAGUUUACAUCCUCAGUGGGCAUCCAGGUGGUUGGGGAUGAUCUGACGGUCACCAACCCACGUAGGAUACAACGAGCCGUGGAGGAAAAGGCCUGCAACUGUCUUCUCCUUAAAGUCAACCAGAUUGGCUCCAUCACGGAGGCCAUUAAGGCCUGUAAGCUGGCUCAGGAGAACGGCUGGGGAGUGAUGGUAAGCCACCGCUCGGGUGAGACAGAGGACACCUUUAUUGCCGACCUGGUAGUGGGACUCUGCACUGGACAGAUUAAAACUGGAGCUCCUUGUCGUUCGGAACGUUUGGCUAAAUACAAUCAGCUCAUGAGGAUUGAGGAGGAGUUGGGUGACCAGGCUCGCUUUGCUGGACACAACUUUCGCAACCCGAGUGCACUUUGAACACCAGUGGUGACAAUAAAGCAAACAUAAUGAUAAUACUAGCAAUCAUUGUGUGAAAUGCACAACAAAUGUGUUGCUCCAGGCUUGGUUAUUAUGUGGUUGACUUUACUGAAUUAUUGUUGUGUCACCCUGCACUGAUCGCCUAUCUCUAACUGUGGAUGACUUUUGGUCUUUAUUGUGUUCUACCACUUUCCCAAACUUUCCUAUAGUGUGAACACCAAGCAGCUUUAAACACUAUUUGUGUGUAGUUGUGGCAAAUAAAGAGAUGGCUAUAUGUUGACUGUAUAAACGCAUCUGCCUCAAUAUUUAUUGGCCAAGACAAGUAAUGAUACAAAUACUGUAUCUUUAUUUUAAUGGGCAAGUGAAUAAAAGCACAAUUAAGGGUGUAAUUGCGCUAUCUAGUGGGCAAAGUGGUAAAUUACACUUUCAGAAAGCAUUUUGGCAAAAAAGUGGUCAAAAUGUCAAAAGAAACUUGUACUAUUUCAGACUAAAUUCCCACACUUGCAAAAUACAACUUUACUCUCAUGUGGUUACUACUUUUUUGCUAAUGUUGCAACUUUAAUCGUAUAAUAAUACAACAUGUAUUCUAUAUAGUUAUAAUCUAACUAAAUAAUAUUCAAACGUAAUUCCUGUAAUAUUAUGCCCUUUCUUGUAAUGUUCCCGUACACACCAGUGUUGCCUUUUCCCCCCUCAUAAUAUUAUGGCUUAAUUCUCACAAAAUGACAACUUUUUCUCAUAAAAUCAUUACUUUUUUCACACAGUAUUGCUUUAUUUUCCCAAAAUUGUGACUUUCUCCCCCACAUGAUAUUAUUCUCCUAAAAUGAUCACUUUUUAUGUUACGUUAUUAUUUUGUA